GAACAGACGAGAGCCUCCCCGGGCACUGUAGGAGCAUUAACAUGCGGGGCAGUCACACUGGAUUACCAGAAAGCAAGCGUACAUCAGGGGAAUCAGUCACCUUUACAUUCGGUUAAAAUGUUUUUGAAUCUGAAAAGAGCGUUUCAGAUGCAAAGGAAAAGGGGAUUUUCGUCGAACUGAAAAUUUGCGUUUCAGGAUAUUUUGGGAUUGGAGGAAGAAGGUUUGGCCACAGGAAGGGGCAGUGCAUAAAUGCUCAAGAGAAGGAGGAAGAGUCCAAAUAAAAAAGAUAAAUCCUUCCCGCUCCCAACCCCCUCCCCCAUCCCUUGAUCUUGGAUUUCAGCAAGGGAGUGGCGAUGACCGACACUAUGAGCCUCAAAGAGACUUCAAACCGGCAUUUGCGGCUAAAGCUAACCAGCUUGGGCCGCCGUGUGGAUGAGCUGGAGGAGGCUACAAGAAAUCUGCACCGAACAGAGGAUGAGUUAAUGGACUUGCAGGACAAAGUGAUCCAAGCCGAAGGCAGCAGCAGCAGCCUCCUGACUGAGGUGGACAACCUACGCAAGAGGGUACUCACCAUCGAGGGGAAGGAUGAGGAGGUCAGGAAGGCCGAAGACAUGUGCAGGACCUUGAAAGAAAAACUGGAGGCUGAAGUCAAGCUGAGCCAAGAGCUCAAGGCCGAGAUUGAGGAGCUGCAGGACAGGAUGGGGGAGCUGGAGAAAUUGGAAGAAGCCUUUAACAAGAGUAAAUCGGACUGCACUCAACUGUGCCUGAGCUUGAAUGAAGAGAAGAACCUCACCAGGAAACUGAUCACUGAACUGGAGGUCCUCCGAGCCAGAGUGAAGGACCUGGAGUCCACAGAGGGUCGGCUCGAUAAGUCGGAGAAAAGUAUCAUCGAAGAGCUGGAGAAACUAAAAUCUCUGACCGUUGUUUUAGCGGAGGAGAGGAAGACCAUGAAUGAAACACUGAAGCAAAAGGAACAAGUUAUCCAGGACCUUACAAAGAAACUAGAACAAAAUAACAAGAUAAAUGAGACAGAUCAAAGUUGGAACUCCUCAAAUCUCAGGACAAAUGUCAGUGAGAAGACAUAUAACUAUUCUGGGGACAGAGGUGAUCUCAGGAUUGAGGACGACUUGUCCUCAGGCCUGUCUCCCAAAGGCAGUCUAGCAAAGAAAAGUUUAGACUUUCUAAAUACAACACAUAAUGUUGGACUCAGAAACAAAGGAGACCAUGAACGUCAGGAAGACAACAAAAUUAAGGAUCUCACUCAGGAAAUCGAAAGGCUGAAGAAACGUCUGAAGCUUCUGGAGAUGGUAGAGGAAGACCUGAAGAAAACAGAAGCCAAACACAAUGAGUUGCAAGAGAGGUUUCUAAAUGAGCAAAGCAAAACCAAAAUGCUAGCUGAUCAGAUUGAGGAGAUGAAAUUGCAAAUGACGAGGAGCAAGGCCGUGGAAAAUGGAGAGAGUGCGCACCAGGAGAUUCGUUACAGGUCUCGACAGGACAAAACAAAAUGCAAAAGUGUAGCUGCAGCCGAGCCACAGGUCCUGAAAGAGAAGACACAUGAGGUGUUGUAUCAGCCACGGUCACAGAGGGAGAAGGUGCGAAACAGAGACUUGUUGCUGGAUGAUGACAGCACAGGGAAAAGUUACAGACGUCCCCUCAGUCCCAGCGUGAGACGAAGAUUUCAACGGCCCUCUUCAAACCCAAGAACAGCUUCCAAUGAAAAGAAGUCCGAGGAUAAAUCUUUAACGCACAGCUACAUCUCCGCACAGAAAGAUCAGGACCUGCAGCCAGAGAAGCUUAAGAAAACGAGGGAACCCCCAUCAGUGCUCAGUCGCUAUCCUCCAGCAGCUAAUGAAUCCAGUGUGAAGAGACCCUGGAACACUCAAAGUAAACAGAGUGAAAAUGGACCAAAGAGCAAAGCAGAUACAGUGCCUAGGGACUAUAUUGACUUGCAACAAUCGUCCAUACUGUCUGAUAAACAGAGAAAAGCUGUCAGCUAUUUACACAACUCUGAAAAUGAGAAUUCAGCAGCAAAAGAUGAGGUGAAUGAUUCUGGUGAGGACUCAUCAUCCACGAGUACUACUGCUAGCCUUUUGAAUGGAAUGUUUCCCUCUUACAGGAAUCACACAGCUUCACCAACGUCCAGUAGCGAGUUGAAGGAUGCAGACCUGCUCGAAGGGGAAGUGCCAAUGAGCACCAAUAGUGAGCUGACUGCUGUAAAGUCUGCUGAAAGGCUGCCAAUACACGAGGAUCCAGAAACUACGACAGAAGUCCUGCCUGUGACAACGAGACCGCGCAGGUCAAGGUACUUCCAUUCAGCAAAAUCCCAGGACAUGGACAACACGGACGUGAGGUGUAACACAGAGAGACAGCCGCUCUGCUAUAAACCCACUGAAACCAUCGCCUCUGAAGAUGUGGCUGCAAACCAAAAGCCAGGCCUGGAGCUGAAGAGGAUUUGUAGCCCGAGAGAGGGCCUAAGGUCUAAAGCAAUUAUAAAACCUGCUAUAAUUGCCAUUGACAAAAAGGAAAUAAUGACAACUGGGGCAGAGCCAGUCGAUGAAGAGCAUGGGCUCUCACCCAAAACUGUGCCAAAUAAAGUGACCAGUAGCAUCACUAUACCCCCAUCGAGUUUAUCCUCUCAAAGGAUCAACAGUACUGUGAUACCAAAGGAAAAGCACACUUCCACAAGCAAUAUUACAAUCAGUUCAAGUGAGACAACUUUACAGAGGAGCAAUAUUAGUAUUCCCUAUGAAAUAUCAAUCCGUAGGAGUGAUAUUACAAUGAAGCCAUCGGAAUCAGACAGCUCUGAUGAAGAUGAGACUGAAUCAGGGGCUGAGGUGUUGGUGAGCAGCAGUAUUACAAUCAAAUCUCCCAGGUAUGAAGAAGGCGACAGUGGUGUAGCUCCCUACGAAGCGAGGAGGAGGAGUCGUGUUGCUAACCAGGCCGAAACGGAGACCAGAAGUCUCCCAGUGGAUCCACCAGAGAGGGCUUCGUGGAGGAAGAGCCGGAGUGGGGCCCAGGUGGAACCCACUUGCUAUGGCACUGAUCUUGGCACGGAUUUCUCCCGAGUGACUGUAAGGAAGGCGAGCCGUGCCCUCGCUGCCAGUGACGUGGCUGAACCGAGUGGUAGCUCCAGGGGAGCCUUAACUGACGGGUACACGAGGAGGGUAAAUAACUUUUCCAACUCUUCAGACUCAGUGGAAGUUAAAAGUAGCCUCACGUCAGACACGGGUCCUCACCGGAGCUACUAUGGCACUGCGGAAAAUCUCCUCCGAAGGAAGCAGAAUGCCACCGUCGCGUCCAAAGUAGCAGAUUGGAAUAACACCUGUUCACUGGCAGGGCAGGAUAGUUCAGACACGCAGUCUGCACUCAACUCCAACCUGCUGUCAAAGCGAAAAGAAAUAGCGAAGCAGAUCCUGUCAGAUAUGGCCACAGAGCGAAUGCCGAGGAGUGAAACUGUAGACAAGAGGCAAUCAGUGAAACUUGAACUGAGGAGGAACCCUGCAGGCAGUCCCACCCAUCAGAGUGGUCCCAGGACUGAGGAGAAGACUCCUGUAGGCAUUCUCUCACAAAUAAGGAUGACGUCCAGACGGUGAACCCUCUGGUACUGACCUUUACGGCCGCACUACAGUUUUUAGUGUUAAUUAAGCACUGUAUAAUCUUCUGCAAUAUAGGGGUCAUUUUCAUCCUGUACACUCUCUGAACUAAAGCAAUCAUAUUACACCUAUAUUUUUCUAGAACGAUUACAUUUGGAGGUAGUUCUACUGGCUGUUCGCAGUAGAGGACGGUGGGGCGAAGGCAACAGUUGCCGGCCUCUCUCGGGGUAAGGAGACAUUGGUCCUUCCUCUGUCACAGUGUGGACUGAACUGAAGAUAGAGCCUGCGAGAAAUUUGCUGAGCCUGGGUGCACUCGGAUGCCCAUGUAGCUAUACUGCUACUUUGGGCAAGAAGUAAAACACGCAGGAAACCCAGAUUAAUGCAACAGAAUCCAAAGUUUUAGAGUCAAUUCAAUCAUCCAGUAGCGGAUGCCCUGAAGUGAAAGUUGUACAAUAAUGCAUAUCUGAUUUGAUAAACAAAAUGAAUCAGUAUGGGCCUCCUUGAGUGUUAACUCCAGCCCCCACCAGUGCUGCAGUAUCAUUCAGUGCACUGAAUAAGCAUCCAGUAUGUAUAUAGCUGUUCUUUGUACUUAAGUGAAAGUUUUCUUUCAGACAAACGGUUUUGAAAAUAUUUCUUAUUUAUUAAAAGGAACAGGGAGACAAGGUAAACCAAAACAUGCCAAAGUACCACAAUUGCUAUCUCGCUGUAUACAAAUUGGAGGAAGUUAGAUUGGCUCCAAAGUUUAAAGAUCAAAGGAAUCUUAAAUGGAUCAGAAUGCUCAGUCUACUGUUCAUCAAGUCCUUAAUAUUUAUCGCUAUUAGCAUGUCAAAGGCCAUUCUAACUUCUGUUUCUUUUAUGUUGUAAAUUCAGUGAGCAGAAAGAAGAAAAAAAGUGCUAAUUACAAUUUAAAGUUCAGUCUUCCUUGUCUGUGAGGUAAUUUGAAAUGAUUGACCUUUGACUUUCUCCCCUCAGACAUUCCAUAGCGAGACCAGCUAGAUGAAUCGCAGUUGUCUUUUCCAGCUUUUUACAUUCCUAUACUCCUUUAACAAAUGCUUCCAAUAUCCCUUCACUGUCCCUCCCCAGGAGAAGGGUUCGGGGGAGCACAUCAUGGUCCUUGGCCACAGUCAACUACAAAUGCUAAAGAGCAUAUCAUGAGAGCACAACUCCCUGACACUGAGAAGCAACUAUUAUCAACGGGAACCACGUUGCUCAGACAGCCUGUCUACUUCAGUGCUCAGCAUCCACUAGAGUUAAAAACCAAGUACCUUAAUGCUCGGAUAACCCCUUUGUAAAAUUUGAAUCUCUUUUCUCCUCCUGCUGUAACUGACCAGCCCCAAAUUGAAACAGAGAUAACAAGGUGUUGAGCUGGAUGAACACAGCAGGCCAAGCAGCUUCAGAGGAGCUGGAAG